AUGAGAACAACUCCAAAUAGCGUCAAAGAAACAGCCUCCAAAACUUCAACUCAAGAUUAUAAAAAAUAAUAAUCUCAACCUGUAUGAAAAUUCAUAUAUGAUUAAGACUGUUAGCAUACCAGAAUCUAGUUAAUUAUUUCACAUUCCUUAAAAAUAUUGUCAUCAACGCUUCAAACCGUAGCCAACAAUAUCUAAAUCUAUUGAAGAAAAGAGAUGCAAGGUCAAUAAAAAUAAUCUGUCUGAAUUAAAUAAUCGCACAAAUAGUAGUUCAAAAAGUCGUAUUUCAGGCUUUACAAGCAAUCAAUUAGAAGAUGAUUCCAUGUAUAGUUCAUAGAAUGCCCUCAAACUGAAGAAAAUAAUAGGUGAUUCAUAGGCGUAUUCUACUAAUCUAUUUGUGUAAGCAUUUGAUGUUGAUCUUUUGUAGCUCCAAAUCCAACUUAACUUGUGAUUCAUCCAGUCCAGGAGGCAGACAGAACAAAUCAGCCUACAAAAAAUCAGCAGAUAUCGAUAUCAAUCAAUUGAAUAUGUUAAGAGAAAAAACAUUGAUGCAAAAAAGAGCUUAAUCCUAAUAGGCUAAUCAAUCGAAGGAACUGAUAGAUUAAUUAUCAAAUCUUGACAAACAGAUUCAAGGUUCCAUACUUGAAUAAUAAAAAAAAUAGUAGUAUUUAAAGUAGAGAGGUUUAUGGGAUCCAUUUAAAGAUCUUUUUAUUAAACAAUUUGCUAGAACUCCAAUUUAAUUUAAGAGUGUGUUCAAUUAGUUGUAAGUCUAGGUGAGAGAAAUAGAAUAAUAAUGGUCAGAUAUCAUUAUGUCAAUAUCAAACAAUCUAUUUGAAUUAUUAUAAAAUUCUGCAAUUCUAAUGGUUUAUGAAUAGGAUCUAAGAUUAAAUGAGUUAAUUGAGUAAAUGAGAAGGGAAAGGGAUAUUUGGUAAAAUAACUUUAGAUCUCUCGAGUAAGAGAGAGAUAUUCUCUUAGAAACUGUUUCUCAAUUAAAAUAAACCUUAGAAAAAGAGAGACCCUCUCCUUUUAAAUCUGAUAAAAAAUAAAUUGACCUUGAUUCUGCCAAUACUCCAUAGUUGAAAGAAAUGACAAUCCUUAUGUAACAAAAAAUUUAAGAAAUGUCUGAAAAAGAAUAAAAAUUAAUUAAAUUAGUAUUGGCAAUCCGCAGAACUGGAAUUGAUAUAGAAAAGAUAUAUAAUGAAGAAGUUUUGAAUGAUGAUUCUGUGUCUGAACAAUAAAAUUAAUCGAAUAGAGAGAAAAAGUACAUAUCUUCACAUAUAUUCUUAGAUGGCUGAUCCCAAAGAUUGAAAGAAGCUUUCAUGAUGCUGACAAUUCAGUUGUAAAUGAUUCAGAUGAAUCUAGUUUUUAAUAUAAUGGAAGACUAGAUGAUGAAAGCAUUAUAGAAAGUAUUAGAAGGUUUGAAAACAGGAAUCAAAAUAGUAAUUAUGCUACAGAGAGUAAAAGUUCUAUCAAAAUGAAGAUAGAUUUAUCUAAAUGCAAUUAAUAACAGCAAAAAUUACAAUAAUUAUAAUAGUUAUAGUAAUAAUAAUAAUAAUAAAAAAAAAUCUAACAGUAAAUUUAAUAAUAAAAUCUGAAUAAGUUGAAAAUUCCAGAUCAAGAUGGAAUUGGAUUUCAUUAAGAAUUCAUGAUGAAAUUUAAUGAGUUUUCUGAAAGCUGGAGAGUGUAAGUUUUAAAAGAUGAAAAGAGAAACAAAUCAUGA